AUGGUCUGGGCAACGUAUUGCCAUUUAUUAACUAUUACUAGAUCCAGAUAUAUUCGGGGGGGAAAGUCAGCUUAGAAUUCAAAAAGCUGCUCCACAUAGCUACUUCUGUUAAAUGAGUGUGAAAUAAAUGCCUGAAGAUAUUUACAGUGUGACUUAAUAAAGGUUUUCAAGGGGUUUUCCAUUUUUCACCAUUAGGAUUUUUCUGCUAAUAGUCCCAUACUUUGCUACUUUGACAUGUCCUCCUAUCUCAGGAGCCCACGGGGAGCUCUAGACAGUGUCCUGCCUGAGGUAUUGAAGGAAAUUCUAUGCUUACUUUUCCUUUGUCCCUCCUUGCCUGUCUCUCUUGCCCUUAGGUCUUAUCUUGUCCCCUGGUAGGUAUGUUAAGUGCCCUGCCAGGCGGCCUGUAUGCCUGGCCUGUUUUUUCUCACUGCCAGUACCUCUUAGAUUCCAAUUCCAAACAUGGUAUCCGUCUGGGGUCACCCUUUCUUCCGGUGCCAAGAGAGAACACAUUCCAAAUGGAACACAAGUGUGCCUCCCAUGCUGGGCUCUCCUCAGUCUGCUUGGGAACAACAGAGAGCAGGAUGUGGCUGCUUCGUCUCACACUGCUGAAGAUUUCAGUCCCAUAGUCUUACCUUUCCCUUGGGACAAUAUAGAUUUUUCUGCUAAGAACCAAAUUUGAAGACUGUCCUAAGAAACCUGGAGCUAACGAAGCUUGCCAGAGCUCUGCAGGGAGAGCCCGAGCCUUGCUGAAGGAAGAGAGAGAGAAAGAGAAAAGUUUUUAAAUUCUUCAUGAAUUGUACUAUGUUCUGCCAUUCAUUCCCAAAGCCACCAGAAGCAUUCCUCUUAGGAAAAGCGGAGCUGGAGGUGAGAAGACACCUAGAAGGACGGAUUCAUUCCUUUUCUGAGUUUCUUAUGUGGGGACGGUAUUAGAGCCCACCAAGGCUUUGAGACAUCCCAAAGAUGAGCGCCAACAGCAUUAGGGGGCCAGUGUGCAUUAGCUGGAAGCAGGAUAUGGAAGGGGCUUUGUACCACCUAGCCAACUGCAUCUUGCUCAUGGGCUUCACGGGGGGCAGUGGAGUAUAUGGAUGCUUCUUCCUUUUUGGCUUCUUGGGCACAGGCUACCUGUGCUGUGUGCUGUGGGGCUGGUUCAAUGCCUGUGGCCUGGACAUUGUCCUUUGGAGCUUCCUGCUGGUAGUGGCCUGCGUGCUCCAGCUGGCACACCUGGUAUACCGGCUGCGCGAGGACACCUUCCCCGAGGAGUUCCGCCUCCUCUACAAGACGCUGUGCCUGCCUCUGCAGGUGCCCCUGCAUACGUACAAGGAGAUUGUUCACUGCUGUGAGGAGCAGGUCUUCACUCUGGCCACUGAGCAGACCUACGCCGUGGAGGGUGAGACACCCAUCAACCGUCUGUCCCUGCUGCUCUCUGGCCGGGUCCGUGUGAGCCAGGAUGGGCAGUUUCUGCACUACAUCUUUCCAUACCAGUUCAUGGACUCUCCCGAAUGGGAAUCGCUGCAGCCCUCUGAGGAGGGGGUGUUCCAGGUCACUCUGACUGCCGAGACCUCAUGUAGCUACAUUUCCUGGCCCCGGAAAAGUCUCCAUCUUCUUCUGACCAAAGAGCGAUACAUCUCCUGCCUCUUCUCGGCUCUCCUGGGCUAUGACAUCUCAGAGAAGCUCUACACUCUCAAUGAGAAGCUCUUUGCUAAGUUUGGGCUGCGCUUUGACAUCCGCCUCCCCAGCCUCUACCACAUCCUGGGUCCCACUGCCCCAGAUGCAGUGACGGAGUCUGAGAAGGAUGAUGAGGAAGUCCAUGAGCCAACCAUGUCCCCUCCCCAGGCCAUGCCCACAUCUGUCCAGCAAACCACCCCCGCCUCUCCUCCUCCAGCUGCCACCAGCCCACCUGUACCUCCUUUCCGAGCCAGGAUGUCCAGGCCUGACAGCGGCAUCCUGGGUGAGGACUCCACCAGUCUGGUGCUGGAGGAUUUUGAGGAGGUGUCAGGAUCAGAGUCGUUUAUGGAUUAUAGGAGUGAUGGGGAGUACAUGAGGUGAGGGGAGAACUAACAUGGGCACGGUCACCAGCCCAGGACUCUAUCUUCUAGAACUCCUCUCCAGAGCUACUCUCAAGUUACGUCCAUGGGACAGGCCCCUUUGGCUCCAAUCCACACUCCCGAACUUUAAGGAUCAUUGGACUGUCCUUUUCUCUCUGGCCGGCGCAACACUCUUCCACGUUCACAGGACAGCCACUUGUAGACACACCCCUCUUCUUAGCCACUGGACGGCUCACAGCCAGGUGGGAGUGGACACAGGUGUCAGCUCCAUAGCUACACCGAGGCCCCUGAGUGGCCUUGGGAAAGUCACUCCCACAAGCCUGCCCUCCAGAAGAAGGCAUCCCAAAGUGCAAAAGUACAGAUUCCAUCGUUUACUAGCUGCAGAAUCUUGGGCACGUUCCAUAACUUCUCUGAGCCUCUUGGGUAAAGUGGGGAUUAUGAAACCCACCUCACAGGGUUGUUGUGAGGAUCAAAUGAGUUGGCUUAGGCAAAGCAUCUAGGACAUGGCGUGGCACCUAGUAAGCACUCAAUAAAUCACUCAGCUCCUUUC